CAGUUCCAGUUUGUUUUUAACCGUAUCUGUCUUGGGAUACAGUGUUUUUGUUGUUGGGGUUUUUUUGCAAUUUGACUUUUUUUUUUCCCACCUGUUUGUGUCUCACUGCUUACUUCGCAUCUCCCUCGCCAGCCUUUUCCUGCAUAACUUUCAACAAAAGUUUCAUUUCUUGAUCAUGGCCGAUUUCAUAAGAAACAAACUGCUUGAAUGGGGGCUAAGAGAGUUGGAGGAACGAUUUGAAGCUAACAAAGUUACAGAGGAAAGCCUUUUCUGUCUUACUAAUGAAGACAUAGCUGAGUUAAUCCCUGAAGUUGGUCUAAGGUCAAUAUUCAGAAGGAGACUUGAGGAGUUAAAGAGUAAACAAAACAAAACACAAGAAACACCUGAUUUUUCCACUCAGGUAAGUUAAGAAGUUUAAUUCUGAUUGGCUAUGAUUUUUACCAGGAGUCAUACUUUCACUGUUUGCUCAAAAUUUUACAUGAUCUUGCACCUGUGUGUUUAAUCUUUAUUGUAAACAGGAGUAUGAAGAAACAACAAAAUUGGUUCAGGUUCCACCAUCCACAAGUUCAAAAGGAAAAAGAAAAUCAGAUCUUCAGGGGCAGUCCAGCAAAUGGCAAUCACCAACUAAAAGACAACGUGACUCAGUGACAGAAACAAGAAUAUUAUCUGAAGUGAAAGGCAUCAUGAAAAAUGUCAGUGACAGUCUCCAUGGCCAAGACAAGCUAAGCACUUUCCUAAAGAACAAAAUUAAUGAUUUGGAAACCGACAAGAGAGAGCUUGUUGGUGUCUUUGGAAGAACUGGGGCUGGAAAGAGCUCUUUAAUCAAUGCCAUCAUUAAUGAGAAGAAUCUUUUGGCCACUGGAACUAUCAGAGCAUGCACCACAGUCAUGAUAAAGGUGGAGGCUAACACUUGCAGCCCAAAGUAUGAGGCAGAAAUUGAGUUCAUUACAAAGGAGGAGUGGCAUGAUGAAUUGUGGUCACUGAAGACUCUUAAGAAAGGUGAUGACUAUCGGGACAUGGUUAAAAAGCUGUCAGCCCUGUAUGGAGAAGAAUGUAAAGACAAAUCCCCUGAAAACCUCUUGGAAAAAAGUAUUUCAAAAAUAUUCCAGAAUUUUUAGAGUCCAAGAAGAAAUCUUUGCAUUGUGACACAGCUCAAAAGCUAUCUGUAGAGCUUUUUAAAUAUACAAAGUGUGUUCCAAAGCAGGAAGAUGGAUAUAAAGCACAGCAGUGGUACUGGCCACUAGUAAAGUGUGUGACUGUCAGGGUGCCAAACAAUAAGUUUCUCCAGCAUGUCACACUUGUGGACCUUCCUGGAAAUGGCGAUCGCAACAAGAGCAGGAACGAAAUGUGGAGACAAAUUGUUGGAGAUUGUUCUACUGUGUGGAUUGUGGCUGAAAUUACUCGAGCAGCAUCAGAGAAAGAGGCCUGGGAGAUUCUAAAAAGUGCACAUGGCCUCAUUGGAAAUGGUGGUCAGUGUGAGCAAAUUCACUUUAUCUGCACCAAGUCUGAUCUUUCAGAUAAUCGAGAUAUAAAAAACAAAGACGCCAAGAAAGAAGUGACGAGUGAAUUCCGGGAACUGAAUGAGAGUCUGAGUGAACACUUCAGUGAGGACUGCUUCAAAGUGUUCACAGUGAGUGCUGAAGAGUUCCUAAAAAGAAAAGGUGUAAAAGAAGAUGGCAAUGAAAUAGCCAAACUUCAAGACUUCUUGCAAAAUCGCAAUGACUGUCACUCUGAGACAUGUAACUAUGUGACUGGAGCUUAUGGGAUUCUGUCUUUGAUUGAAGGAGCCAGGCGCAGAAAAGAGGGUGUUGGAAAAGCAGAUGAUGUAUGUAAAGUCCUUGAGAAAAACUUGAGGGAACAACUUAAUACAGUGAAAACAGCAGUUGAAGAAGCAACCAAGGACUUUGAACAGUGUCUCGCAGAAGGGAUUAAAAAUUUCAUAACCUCUGAAAAAAAACUGAAGACCUUUUUGGAUCGUGAUCAAGAGCGCAGUUUUUUCAGCACACUACAAGCUGUAGUUAAGAAGGACGGCAUCCACACAACAAAACAAGGGGAACAAAUAGACCUCAACAUGAUGUUGGCUUCGUGCCUGACUGACAGCAUUGAUAAAAAGUUCAGAGAGACCUUCCCAAAUGACAUUAAAUGUGGAUCAUUCAAAGGAGCCAUAAGUAGGUUUUCACUUGGCACCAAUUCACUGAUUCACAAAUACAAUGAUGUCGAACUACAGCUGAUAUUUCUUCAGACACAGGAGGACAAAAUGAAGGCUCAAAUGGAGAAAUACAUCCUGAAACAGAAGAAGAAAAUCUACACCAGUCUAACAGAGACAGUUAAGGAAAACAUGACAAAAUGUUACAAUGAAGCAAAAGAAAUUGAGGGAAACAAAGCACUGGAAAACAUGAGGAAGACUAUUGAGAGACAUGUGUACUCAAAUAAGAAAAUGUAUGAGGAGGCAAAAAAGACCAUGUUGAUGAAGAUGGAUGGAUUGAAGAAAAUCAUGCUGUACACGCUCCAGAAAAUCAUGAAGGAAGCCAUUGAAUUCUCACUGAAGACUGCUGCCUACUCACUCCCAGAUGUUUCAGAGUAUCUUGAGACUUUGACAACACAUUAUAAUCAACUUCAAGGUGGUCAAGAUGAAGAAAUGUUACCACAGUAGCUGGGUAAAAAUAAAAAUGUUACUGUUGUUUUUGUAAUACUUAAAUUAAUUAGCUUUGAUUAACUGUUUUGUGUUUAAUUACAUAAAUAUUGCUUUUACUAAACUAGAACUUAUAUCCCCUGCAAGCCUGAAUUGGAUAAUCAGAAGAAGACAUUGAUUCAUUUCUGCAUCACAUUUUAACUUCUUAUAGUAUAUUCUAAUGUUUUAAUUGCAUGUGUUAAGUCUUAGUUCAUUGAAAUGAGAGCCAUUAGUUUAUGGAUAUGUUUUUCAGUUUUAUCUUUGAGCCUUAUAUAGCACAAUAUUUUUUAUUGCAAAUUCAGAAUCAGAAUUUUUUUUCCUGCAUUACAUUGGUUUCUUUGGGUUUCAUGAAUAAUAAUACACCAGCAUUACUACCAGCUUCUACUUCAGCUACUAGUUUAUAAUUUUAUUUUUUCUUUGUUUCUAAUCUGUAUAUGCAUGCAAACAUUUGAUUUUGUAUACGGUUCAAUAAACC